UUUACUUUUAAAGAGGAGAAUAUUUUGAAGGAAAGAGGAUGGCCGUGCGAUAUCUGCUUGUGGUACUCUGCACCAUCUGUGGAGUUUGGGGGUUCGAAACCGGUCCGCCCAUAGACCAGUUCCCUAAUCUGUGUAGGGACAUGGUACCGACGGGCCACCAGCCCCGUAACGCAACGGGAGCCUCCCCGUACAGGGUCACUUCAGCCAAUUCGACCUACUCCCCCGGGAAGUCUCUCAAGGUUAUCGUUGAAGCGAUCGAUGGGACCACUGAGAUCGAGGGUUUGUUCGUGCAGGCUCGCCGUAGCGGGCAGGGUAAAGACAAGAACAAGGCAAUCGGCGAGUUCGCCGAGCCACCGACCAAAACCAAACUGCUCAAGUGCGGCCAUGCAAAUAGUGCUUGGGCUCACUCAGCCGAACUGGAGGCAACUGCUGCAGAGGUGACCUGGAAAGCGCCCCCUUGUGACGAGGGACCGCUCGUUUUCAUGGCUACGAUCGUGAAAGGUCCGAAGGAAAUGUACUGGACCGGGGUUUUGUCCACCGAAUUGACCUUCAGUGGUACCGAGGGAGCCGAGUGUAGUGCGGCACCCACCUCAGCAAGCGUGUCUGGCAUUGCUAUGAUGAUGAGCGUGGUUCUUGCUCUGUGCCUUGCUGUCUUCAAGAAUUACAAUUGAACAAAGUAUAUCGGGUAUUCCAGGCGCUAAUCUUAGGAGAUGCUUAGAAGAUAAUAUGAAAUGUUUAGCGCCCCAAUUAUAUAUUUUAAAAUCUUUAAAAAAA